GUGUAUGUGUGUGUGUGUGCAGCAAGAGGCGAGCAGUCGUCGCCCUCUUUCCCCCCUCCUCCCCCCGGCCCUGUGUGUGUAGAGUGAGUGCGGAGCGGCAGGCAGGCAGGCAGGCAGGGCACCAGGGGGCCAGAGGGGGUGGGGGCGGGGGGCGAGGGGGAAGAUGCCUAUCCUACUGUUCCUCAUAGACACCUCCGCCUCCAUGAACCAGCGCACUGACCUGGGCACCUCCUAUCUGGACAUUGCCAAAGGCGCUGUGGAGAUAUUUAUGAAGCUGCGUGCCCGGGACCCGGCCAGCCGCGGAGACAGGUACAUGCUGGUCACAUACGAUGAGCCUCCGUACUGCAUCAAGGCUGGUUGGAAGGAGAACCAUGCAACAUUCAUGAAUGAACUGAAAAAUCUGCAGGCUUCAGGACUGACUACACUUGGUCAGGCUCUAAGAUCCUCAUUUGAUUUGUUAAAUCUCAAUAGAUUAGUAUCUGGAAUAGACAAUUAUGGACAGGGAAGGAAUCCAUUUUUUUUAGAACCGUCUAUUUUAAUUACCAUCACAGAUGGAAACAAGUUGACAAAUACUGCUGGUGUUCAAGAAGAGCUUCAUCUUCCCCUCAAUUCUCCUCUGCCUGGAAGUGAGCUAACCAAAGAACCUUUUCGAUGGGAUCAAAGGUUAUUUGCCCUAGUACUGCGUUUGCCUGGCGCGGCUUCUGCGGAACCAGAACAACUGGGGAGUGUACCCACUGAUGAAUCUGCCAUCACACAGAUGUGUGAAGUAACAGGAGGUCGCUCCUAUUGUGUUCGGACACAAAGAAUGUUGAAUCAAUGUUUAGAAUCUCUGGUUCAGAAAGUUCAAAGUGGUGUUGUUAUUAACUUUGAGAAGACGGGACCAGAUCCAGUUCCUUCAGGAGAAGAUGGACUUAUAGAUUCGGGUAGGCCAGUCAGUUCAUUUGCUGUUCAGCCAUGGCAUAGUUGUCAUAAGCUCAUCUAUGUACGGCCUAACCCUAAAACCGGUGUUCCUGUUGGACACUGGCCCAUUCCAGAAUCUUUUUGGCCCGAUCAAAAUUCACCUACACUGCCUCCAAGAACAGCUCAUCCAGUUGUGAGGUUCUCCUGUAUAGAUUGUGAACCGAUGGUUAUUGACAAACUUCCUUUUGACAAAUACGAACUUGAACCAUCACCCUUAACCCAGUACAUCCUGGAACGGAAGUCUCCUCACACCUGCUGGCAGGUAUUUGUGAGUAGCAGUGGAAAAUACAGUGAACUUGGACAUCCAUUUGGUUAUUUAAAAGCGAGCACUACUUUAACCUGUGUAAACCUCUUUGUGAUGCCUUACAACUACCCUGUCUUACUCCCUCUUUUAGAUGAUUUGUUUAAAGUUCAUAAGCUUAAGCCAAAUCUGAAGUGGCGACAGGCUUUCGACAACUACUUAAAAACCAUGCCUCCUUAUUUCUUAUUGCCAUUAAAGAAAGCACUAAGGAUGAUGGGAGCUCCAAAUCUGAUAUCAGAUAAUUUAGAUUGUGGACUUAGUUACAGUGUUAUCUCUUACCUUAAAAAACUCAGCCAACAGACCAAAAUUGAAUCAGAACGAAUAAUAGCAUCGGUGGGAAAGAAAGCCCCUCAGGAGACUGGCAUUAAAGUGAAAAAUCACUCCACUGGAUUGUCUUUAGUUCAUAGUAAAGAUUUUAAACAUCUACUGCAAGGAAUUACAGGUGAAACUCCACUGAGAUUAACAGAAAUGAACAUUAAAGAAUUUGCGGGUUUCCAAAUAGGACUCUUAAACAAGGAUUUGAAACCUCAGGCAUAUAGGAAUGCUUAUGAUAUUCCUCGUAGCAGUCUUUUAGACCAAUUAACUAGAAUGAGAUCUAAUUUGCUGAAAACACACAAGCCUAUUGUUGGACAGGAUGAAGAUUGCCUUCAUAGUGUACCAGUAGCUCAGAUGGGUAACUAUCAGGAAUAUCUGAAGAUGUUGCCUUCCCCACUUCGAGAGAUUGAUCCAGACCAACCAAAAAGACUUCAUACUUUCGGCAAUCCAUUUAAACAAGAUAAGAAGGGGAUGAUGAUCGAUGAAGCGGAUGAGUUUGUGACGGGUCCACAGAACAAAGUUAAACGUCCCGGAGAGCCCAAUACUCCGGCCUCAUUGAAAAGAAGGCGGAGCAUGUCCCCGCUGUUAAGAAGACCACAGACACCCCCUAUAAUAACUAACCACGUUGGAGGAAAAGGACCACCUUCAGCCUCGGGGUCUCCCUCUUCUCCAAACCUCCUAAAGCCCAUCCCAGUACUUAAAGACACCAGUGCAGUUCAAGAUGGUAAUGGCGAGAAGAAGAUCGAAAACUGCCAGUCACAGGAUAAACAAGCCGAUGGCUUGUCAUCCCAGUUGGUUUCAUCAGGUCCUGCAGUUAUCGGGGAAGAUGGAGUUCUACCAAAUGACCUGGACUCUCUGCCUAGUGAAAUGAAUUGUUUAAGUGAAGAUGGACUGGAUCACAAACCUGGUAGCAAUUCACUUGACAGAGGAUCUGUAAACUACAGUCAUUCAAUAGAUGACCAAAAAGUGGUGGUGGAGGAGUCGACUUCUGGAACUGUGCCAAAUUCAUUGAAAAUCACCCAUAGUAUGAUAGAAGGGAAUAAUGCUGAUAUCAAAAUUAAAGUAAUGAAGGAGGUUCGCAAGCCCGGAAGAAAUUAUGAAAAGAUCUUCACUUUGCUCGAGGAAGUGCAAGGACCCGUGGAAAUCCAGAAAUACUUCAUCGAAUUUACUAUCAAGGAAGCAGCAAGGUUUAAAAAACGAGUCCUAAUACAGCACCUAGAGAGAAUACUAGAGGAACUAGAUUCCAACAGCCUCCCCAAGGGAGUUAAUCACGUCAACAGCAGAUAACGGUGUGUCCGCCCAACAAGUACGGACCGGGGAUGAGUUUGCUGUGCCGCGGGAAGAGUGGAGCGGGGCGUGGCCACGCUCGGCGGUCGAGGGACUUCGCUGCCGGCCUGAGAAGAGGUUUAACUUCACGCACCAUUUGGCAGCGGGAGCCGGGCGGUAGCCAUGAGAAUUUGCUCCGAAAGGUGUGGCUUUUUUGUCUGUGGAGGGUGCCGCUCGUUGGACACGCUGAAGACAUUAACCGUUGCUGCCCCUCCUAAAGACAUUAUGAAAGUGCACCUGAGGCUUCCCAGGUCCCCGACUUCAGUUGUCUUUCAUCCUGUGAGGACGGAGACUCUUCAGGUGGACUUGCACACGCUGUGCUUUGGAAGCACUAAAAGAACGUGUUUUUUUAAAAACGUGUAUUUUACAUGUGAUGUUCAUACAAAGGAUUAUUUUGAACAGUAUUGUUAUGAGAUCGGUAAUUUGCUAUUUUAACUGUAAAAAAAAAAAAAUUUUGGACCAUGUGUACAUACCAAAUAAAAAUUUUAUCGAUUUUUUUAAAUCGGUGCAUGA